UUAAUUUGGUUGUAGUAAGUAUUACUAUAAAUUCUAAAAAUAUAUAUUUAUGGGGACAUGUAUUAAUAAAAUUUUCCAUAAUGUUCAGAAGUUGAAAUACUCUCCCAAUAUAAUGCUAAAUCAAUUUCCUUACUGUUUUUUACUUCAUUGAGAAAUUUUGGGAAUGGAUUACAUUCUAUACCGUAAAUUUUAUUUAUUUUACUUAUAGAAACAUAAAUUCAGUUUUUGUUUUUGAGUUUGUAGCAAGUGUCAGUAAAAGAGUGUGUCAAGGGCAAUAACUCUGAGAUUGGUAGCAUGGACGUGUCAGCUUGGGCUCACCUAUACCUUCGGCAGUUAGGCCUAUAACUAAUUAAUAAUUUGGAAGAAAUAACCUUGAUUUCAAUCAGAAAAGGAUGAUAGAAAUUUAAAUUACACUCUUUUUUUUAUUUUCUUAGAAAUAUAAAAUACAUAUUUUGGACAGAAAAAUUGUGUAUGCCUGCAAUACAGCUACUUCACACGAUAUGAAAUAAAAUGUGAUAAAGAAACCACACGCCCACACAAAAAAAAACCCCACCAAAAUCAUAAAAAAAAAAAACCCAGCGGUAAAUCCACUGUACAUUAGUUUAUCUAUUCUUACCUAUGUACGAUUCAAGGUAUUUAACAUUCACUCCAUUGGUGCACUCUUUUAUUUAUAUACAUGUGAUAUUUUUUGGCAUAAUUUCAAACUCUCUGCCAUAAUAUCUUUUGGAUUUUAACUUGUAAAACAUGGUUUGAAUUCAUUAAAAAAAAAUCGCAGCCACCCAUUCCCCGUUCUUAUGCUGAAAGCCUUCUAAUAAUGAAUGGAGAUGAAAAGUUAAUUUCCAAACACGAAAGAUAAUUCACUUGUACCUGUAUUCAAUGAAUUCUGAGUCAAAGUUCUUUGAAAUAAGAUAUUUUGGUUUUUAAAAAAUUGAGACGAUGUAACUUACAUUUAUCAAAUGACAAAAAUGAGAGUUUGGCACAACUCGAGGAGUUUAAAUCGCUGCAUUUUCCACAUAAUUACCGUAUACACAGGAAAUGUUUCAUUAAAAUUGCAGUUAUAGAAAUAGCUGACAGGCAAACAAAGGGGGGGAUAAAUUAGACCUUAGGAACUUGUAAAUCCAAAGACAAGAACAGCAGAUAAAUUAUGAAUCUGUGUUCAGAAAUUUUCCACGGCAUAUUAGAUAUUCUAUACAACUUUAAUGGGGAGUUCUGGUGAAACAUGAACAACCUUUUGCAAGGCCUUGUCCAAGAAAGGGAAAAUGAUACACCUGUGCUGUUUACAGUCAGUCGUUUUAAAAGUGAAUGUUGGAAAACAAGAAAGUUUGGAGGAGUCUCACAAAAUCCACAGAUUCGUGCUGAAAUUACAGAAAAUGUGAACACAGAUUACAUCUCUGUACGUCCUAACCCCACGUGUUACCAGUGUCGAAAGCUGGUGGAGGAGGUGAAGCGUUUAAAACAGAUCAUGAAGGAGGGACCCAGAACCAUGCAGUUAAAGAACCCAGGCUGGGAAAAUGACUACGCUGAAGAUCCAGAGCAAAUUAGCCCACGAGUCAAUGCAGCUUUUGUCUACAAGAAAAGUCGAUCACGGACAGAGGAAAUUGAACAGCUAAGAAAAGAAGUCACUCGACUUCAACGAGAAUUGCGUCUCCGAUCAGAUGAGGUUUACGCUCUGAGGGGAAGAGGUCCAACGGAUAGGCAGAUUUCCCAUCAAUCAAAUGAAGCUAGUAUCCACAACGUUAGAGAUCACUACACCCUCGGUGAAACAGAAAACAAAAUGAGAAGUCUCUACACACAGCUUUACCAGAAGGAAUGGAGUCAGGCAUACGCCUACCAAACCCGCAAAGGUGUGGAAAAGACUGUCGCCCAUGGCAACUUACUGAGCAUAAUUCAGUUGUCCUUCAGUCAGUGCAGAGAGCUAGCAGACGCUCAGUUGUCUCAGAUUCUAAAGGCCUCGUCUCCAGUAGCCCCUGGAACCUCGCCCUCUACCUCUAACACAGCUCCUCGUGGCACCACAAACUCGCAGCAACAACCAAAGCAAAGCUCAGUCACAACCCCAGAUGGCUCCAGACACACCAAUCCUUUGUACCAAGAUGCUGUGACAUAUCAAAUCAAGAUCUGUGAUCAACUUUUCCCUUAUGUUCAAGAGAAAGUGACACCAAACAUUAUGAAAAUAGUCAAUCUCAGUCCAUCCCUGAAAUCCAGUGUGGAGAUCACAACCUACAGCAAGAAAUGCCUACAAGUCGCCUGGAAGAUUUCCACACAGAGUGACAAAGUCCAUCUAGACAACAGUACCGUACGAUUUUCUGACUUUGAUACCGUCAAAUACGAUUACUUUGAUGAAGAGCUAGAGAAUCUUGAUUACGUUGUGUGGCCGGCAUUGCUUUCAGAGGGCUCCCAGUUGCUGGCUAAAGGUGUUGCCUUGGCAACAUCAAAUGUGCAAUAGUUUGUAUGCAAGAUGUUGAAUAACACUGAUUUGGCAUCGCAUGCAUGGAAACAAUGGGAAUUCCCCUACAGUCCACUCAAUAAUGUAGAUGAGUGUCAAUUAGUUUUCAACAUUUUAUGAAUAUGUACCAUGUAUGCAUUCAACAUUCUAAUAAAUUUUCAAAAAGACGUUCAUGUC